AGACUGACGGGACUCUUUUGUCUCCUCCUCUAAAUGUAGCCACCGUACAGACACACACAGCAACGUUUAACCGUGAAGAAGUGACGUCAACCCGGUGAGAGAAGCAAACCUGACGGCAACAGGAGACCGGAGCCGGGAUGAGGAGUGUCAGAGACGAUGGAGAGGUGACGGAGGAGUCGGUUAAUCGGUUUACAACAGAGGCACCUCCCUCUGGGAUGUCCAAGAAUGGAUACUUCUUUCAAGAAAUGGAGCAGCGGGAGGUGGAGCAGGAGGAGGGCAGCGAGGGCCGAGAGGAGGGACAGGACUCGCCGAUCGCCUGCGGAGAUGACAUCCACCUCUAUGACAACCAGAUCAGCCCCGGGCCAGAUGCUGACGACUCCGGCUGUGUGUUACUGAACACAUCAAGAAAGUAUGUGAAGCUGAUGAACUUUGAGGAGGAGAUCCGGGCUCACCGGGACCUGGAUGGCUUCCUGGCGAGGGCCAGCAUCCUGCUGGAUGAGACGGCGGCCUCCCUGGACGAUGUUCUGAAGAGGAUGCUGCACCACGUGGGCCAGGACAGCCACACAGCCGAGCCCAGCUGCAACUUCGAGGAGGUGAUGAGCAUGCUUUUCACAGACGCAGGAGCUCAGGAGGUUAACGACAAGUCUCAAAGUUUCGUUUUCUUUGACGACGUCCACCUGCUAUCAGAGACAAUCCAGGGGGUGACAGCGACUGCCACCGGGAUCCAGUACCAGCAGUCCUGGCUCUGCAUCCUCUGCAACGUGAAGCAUCUCCAGAGGCGUCACGUGUGCAUCUCCCGCCUGGAGAGGCCGCAGAACUGGGGGGAGAACUGCUGCGAGGUCCGCUAUGUCAUCCUGAUCCUGGCCCCGCUCAAAAUGAAAAGCACCAAGACGGCGAUGGAGCUGGGCAGGACGUUCGCCACCCUCUUCUCUGACAUCUCCUUCAGGCAGAAGCUGCUGGAGACCAAGACGCAGGAGGAGUUUAAGGAGGCGCUGGUGUUCCAGAGGCACCAGUUGACAGCAACCAACCAGAACCCCAUCGCUCUGGGGAAGGAGGAGACCGACCCCCGCAGUCACAAGCCCCUCAAGUGUAAAGACUUCUUUAAAGCCGGUCGGGGGAUUUAUGAGGACUUGUGCCGCCGCCUGCCUUUCUACCCCUCGGACUUCACAGAUGGUGUAGUUGGCAGUAAUAAAACCCUGCUGAAGUACAUGACCACCGCCAUCUUCCUCUACAUCGCCAUCCUCCUCCCUGCCAUCGCUUUCGGCUCCCUCAAUGACGAGAGCACACGUGGCGAGAUAGAUGUUCGGAAGACCAUCAUCGGCCAGAGCAUCGGCGGGGUCAUCUACUCGCUGUUCGCCGGCUCUCCUCUAGUCAUCCCUCUAACCACAGCUCCCCUUGCCAUCUUCAUCAGCGUGAUCCGAGGAAUCUGUGACGACUACAACCUGGACUUCCCGGCUUUCUACGCCUGCAUCGGUUUGUGGAACUGCCUCUUCCUCAUCCUGGGAGGCAUCUUCAACGUCAGCCUGCUCAUGAAGCUCUUCAAAAGGUCGACAGAGGAGGUCAUCGCCCUCUUCAUCUCCAUAGCGUUUGUGGUAGACGCAGUGAAAGGCACAGUCAAAAUCUUUCACAGGUACUACCACGCCCCGACGCUGGCCAACAGAAGCAUAGAGACCUUCAGUCAGAGCGAAGACCUGCUUGGGGGAAACAGGAGCGAGGUGGUGGCCAGGCUCGCGCUCAACGCCCUCCCUGAAUCCCUCAUCCAGUGCACUCGAGAGAGGCCGGUGCUGUGCCUCCUGCUGAUGCUCGGGACGUUAUGGAUGGGCUACACCCUGUACCAGUUCAAACGGAGUCCGUUCCUGCAUGCCAAAGUGAGGGAGGUGCUGUCGGACUGUGCCCUGCCGAUCUCAGUGCUCAUUUUCUCCUUCAUCGGCUCCUACCUGUUCAGUGACAUUGAGCUUCCAGUCUUUAAAGUUCACGACCGGCCCGUCUUCAACGUGGCUCCAUUUGAGCGGUUGUCGGCCAUGAACGUGGUCAGCGCCAUGGGCCUCGGCUUCCUCCUGGCCCUCCUUAUCUUCAUCGACCAAAACAUUGUUGUCUCGUUGACCAACGCUCCGGAGAACAGGUUGCUGAAGGGCACGGCCUAUCACUGGGACCUAAUGCUCUCUGGGCUCAUUAACAUACUGAUGUCGGUGCUGGGGUUGCCCUGGAUGCACGCCGCCUUCCCCCACUCCACCCUUCAUGUGCGGCAGCUGGCUUUUGUGGAGCAGCGCGUGGAGGGGGGGCACCUCUAUGAGACUAUCGUCCAGGUGAAAGAGACCCGGCUGACGUCUCUGACUGCCAACAUCUUCAUCGGCGUGUCGGUGCUGCUGCUUCCUCUCCCGCUGCAGUGGAUCCCCAAACCCGUCUUGUACGGCCUCUUCCUCUACAUCGCCCUCACCUCCAUCGAUGGAAACCAGAUGUGCGACCGCAUGGCUCUCCUCCUCAAGGAGCAGACGUCUUACCCGCCUACCCACUACAUCCGCAAAGUGCCCCAGAGGAAGAUCCACUACUUCACCUUCCUGCAGAUGAUGCAGCUGCUGGUCCUCUGCACCUUCGGCAUGUACCCGAUACCGUACAUGAAGAUGAUCUUCCCUCUGCUCAUGAUCAUGCUGAUUCCAAUCAGGAACAACGUGCUUCCUCAUAUCAUUGAGGCCAAAUACUUGGACAUAAUGGAUGCCCAACACAUGUAGCUACGGACGGAGACGAGUUCUGGAUCCACAAAAAAGACGUCUGGAGUUUGAAAAAAAAGAAAAAAAGAAAUGAGGAUUAAAAAACAACAACAACAUAUUUUUCAAUGCAAAACUGUACGGAAGCAAAAAGGAGAAAUACCGACUGUUUUGAUUUUUGUAUCCGAUAAGAACAUUCUUACAGGUGAAGCACUGGAAAUGUGGGAAGUGGCGUGAGAAAGAGAGAUGAGAGCCAUGGGAAAUGUUUCCAAACGUGGACAGACAGCAUCUCUCUGCCGAAGAACAGGACCGUCCAGAACUCCCUGUUUCACCUCUGUUUGAUCCUGUCAGCUCGUUCAGUGCCACAUACCUCCAUGUUCUCCUCUCAUACCUUCACAGUUUAUGGUUACAUGUUACAGUAUCCUUACAGGAGUGUGUUCAUCUGUGUGUUUGACGGAGGCCGAACACGGCAAACGCACCACAGCAACCCAAAAUAUUUCCAUCAGGAGAGACGCUGCAGCUGCAGAGAAGAUACCAGUUAUAAAACACACAGAAAUAUUCAGAGCAAAUAAAACAACAUAACUGUGCUGCAAAUGAAAACAUGUGCUGCAGAAAAUAAACAGAACAUUAACAGCAAACAAGCUGCGAAUACAGAAAGUCAAAAACACACAAACCCUGAAAACAAAUGCAGCAGAGAAACACAACAGAAGUCCUCCAGGCCUGUAGGGGGAGCACUGAGAGGAACAGCCUGAUUCUGACCUGACACAGAGACCAGACCACACAGGUAUAAAGAACUGUUUACAGUGUCAGAUGCAGGGCCUUGUUUGUUGCUCAGUGGCGCGUGGAGCAAAACACAUUAUUUCCAGGCAGAUAAUUUUUCAGUUAUUCCACGUUACCACCAGCAGGUGGGCGCGGUUUGUAACCCUAACCCUUCAAACCAAAUGUGGCUGCAUAUCUCCAGUCGUGAGGCCCAGAGAGCAAGUGCACUUUAACCCCGCCUCCCACUGCUCUGUCUCAAGCUUGCUCACAUGAUGACAGUUCAUGAUCACUGUAGAUUUGGCGAUUAGUGAAUUAACAACUUUUAGGACGCAGUGAUUCACUCACUGCAGGCCUGGAGGACUUAUGUUGUGUUGACUAGAUAAACCAUCCCAUCCUCAGUGCGACCUCAUCACAUGUCCACGUUUGGUCAUGGACUUUCAAGGUCCAAGGUACCCCGGGUGUGUUGGUUGUUGACGUUCUGGGACGCCGUGUCAACACACAUGGUUGCGUUUAGCCAACAUACACACAUGGUUACGUUUAGCCAACAUACACACAUGGUUACGUUUAGCCAACAUACACACAUGGUUACGUUUAGCCG